AUUCCUUUCGAUCAAAGCUUCCAUUUCUUUCAAACGUUUUUAAACUUUUAUUUCGAUAGAGCGAUGGAAGCUAGUGAGUUAGAAUGCUGCUUGACAGUGGAACACCUCAAUUCCAAUGGUGUGGUCACGAAACGGCGAACGUACAAGAGUAUUACAGUUGUCUUGGGUCGAGAUGAAUUUCGCGACAUCGCUCUCCGAAUUGUCAGUAGUCGAUCUCCGUUGGGAAAGACUUUUCUCCUGAAGGAAUUAACCAUUCACAAACGGUUUUUACAGGAAGGGAAGGCUACAAUCAAACUUCUAACACAGAAGAUACAAAUAAUGUUUUCGAAUUGUCCACCGAAUCAGCUCGCAGCGUUUUUAAAAUGUCUGUCAUUGAAACUUGCUCAAAGUAAACAAAAUGGAAUUGCGAGUAACAGAAGACGGCUUCUCAGUGAUAGAGCGCGGUCGUUUGAAAACAUAAGCCCUCUUACAGACAAGGAUUUCACAGUAGGCUGUAAGAAAAGACCACUAGAAGAUAAGAACGGUGUGACACCGAAGCGAAUUAAAACUACAGGUAAAGAAAGCGAUUCGAGUUUUGGAAACGAAGAACACAACGGAGCGGCAAGAAAACGUCUCAGCUCUUUGAGUUCUUUUCAAAUGAAUCUUAUACCUGAGCAAAUGGCAGUGGUGAACGCCAUAAGAGCUGGAAAGAGUGUGUUUUUUACUGGUGGUGCCGGAACUGGCAAGUCAUAUCUCUUGAAACGUUUGAUAACACUGUUACCACCUCAGAGUACCUUUAUAACUGCUAGUACUGGAGCAGCAGCUUGUCAUAUUGGUGGGACUACGCUUCAUGCAUUUGCAGGUAUUGGCAGUGGAAGUGCACCUCUUGCUCAGUGUGUGGAUCUGGCAUCACGGCCUGGGCGAGCCCAACAGUGGAGACGUUGUAAACAUUUGAUUAUUGAUGAAAUCUCAAUGGUUGAGUCCACCUAUUUUGAUAAACUUGAAGCAGUUGCCCGUGCUGUGAGAAAAAAAGAAAAUAUCCCAUUUGGUGGAAUUCAGCUGAUUUUAUCAGGAGAUUUCUUACAGCUUCCUCCUGUAACAAAACAACAAGGACCCAAAAAGUUUUGCUUUCAGGCAGAAAGUUGGAGUGAAUGUGUUGAAACAACCAUUGAGCUUAAACAUGUCUUUAGACAAAAAGAUCCACUCUUUAUCUCGAUUCUUCAGAAUGUGCGAGUUGGAAGUUGUUCAGAUGCUCUUGUAUCCAAGUUAACUGCAACUAAGAAUCAACUAAUAGAACAAGGAGGAAUACUUGCUACCAAGCUUUGCACCCACAAGGAAAAUGUCAAUCAGAUAAAUGACAUACAUUUGACAAGACUACCUGGUGAAAAGAAGGUAUUUGAAGCAACUGACAGUGACAGUGGAAUGAGCGCAAUGCUUGACAGUCAUGUUCCUGUGUCUUGCGUUUUGGAAUUAAAAGUAGGAGCACAGGUGAUGCUGGCUAAGAACUUGAAUGUCUUGAAAGGACUUGUCAAUGGUGCUCGUGGAAUAAUCAAAGGAUUUGACGAGGGAUCUGCUGGUUACCCUAUUGUCAAGUUUGUUUCUGGGAUUGAAGAGAUCAUUGGUUCUGAAAAGUGGGUUGUAUCAACACCUGGUGGAGGAACAGUCACUCGGCGACAGCUGCCACUUAAAUUAGCAUGGGCAGUGUCCAUACACAAAAGCCAGGGUAUGACACUGGAUUGUGUUGAAAUCUCUCUGUCAAGAGUCUUUGAAUAUGGCCAAGCUUAUGUUGCACUUUCAAGAGCCUGCAGUCUUCAAGGCCUCCGAGUUUUGGACUUUGAUAGCAAGUGUGUACGCGCUCACCCUGAUGUCUUGCGUUACUAUGCAAGGCUGCAGCGGGAUACAAAAGUCAAGAAAGCCAACACUGAUCGCUUAAACUUUCAGAAUGAAGACAAAGAAAAUAUUUACCCUUGCUAAGUGAAGUAUUCAUAUACCAACAGUCAGUACAAGACCUGUGGUAAGAAGGGAGAAAGGAAAAAGGAAGUUGAUAAGAAAAGGACAACAAUCUGAGCUGUAAUUUCUUGCUCAUGCAAUUUUUCAAGCAUUUA